UUAAAAUAGGUGAGAACGCAACACAUUAAAUAAUAAAUAAAAUAACACAUUUUUUUCCCCACUACACAUGUACAUGUGUUAAUAUGUUUUCGGGCCUGACAUUAUAAAAUGUUACAGAUGCUACCAAGUUUGGAGAUGAUUGAUCUCGGUAGAUGCAAAGAUUUGAUAGAGUGUCCAAAUUUAACAGGUGCCACGAAUCUCAAAAAAAUAUCAUUUUAUGGCUGUGAAAACUUACAAGAUGUUCAUCCAUCUAUUUUCUCUCUCUCCAAGAUUGAAGACAUAUAUUUGGAUUAUUGCAAGAAGCUGAAAAGGCUUUACAGUGAUUAUUGUUCACCCUCUCUCAGUUACCUGUGGACUAUUGGUUGCUCGAAUUUGGAAGAGUUCUCAAUCCCAAUGAUAGGGGAUCAUUCUAAAAGCUUAUAUUUAUCGUCCUCAGCUUUGAGUGAAGAGUCAUCUACUAUUAUGCAUCUCAAAAAUCUUACCACGUUCGGUAUUAACAUCAGUUACUCUAUUGAAAAACUUCCUCAAAACUUUGCGCGCACAAUUGCACUGAUGGAUCCAAUAAAACAUGAAGAUGACACAUGCAUUAUUUUAAGUAGAAUAUUGCCCACCCCUGUCUUCUUGUCUCUCAAGCGAUUAUCUUUCGAGCAUUGUAAGAGUUUGUCUAAACUCCCAGACAACAUUCAUGUCUUACAAUCAUUACAGGAAUUAUCAUUGGAGAGUUGUCAUGCCAUUACAAGUUUGCCAGAAAGCAUUAAGAAUCUUCAAAAGCUCAUACAACUCUUCAUCGAUGAUUGUAAAAUGCUUCAAUAUGUACCUCCACUUCCCCCAUCUAUUAUAUACUUUGCUGCAAGAAAUUGCAAAUCUUUGAAGACAAUCUCAAGUUUAACAAGUGAACCACCCAAAACACACUGGGCAUCCUUUAAAUUCUAUAACUGCACAAAGUUGGAUGAUGAUGCAUAUGAAGCAGUUUUGAAAGACUUGAAAUCCAGGAUAGAACUUGCGGCAAGUAAUGAAUGUUCGAAUAUAUCCUUCUACUAUUUACCAAGUAAAGAGAGCAUACUUAAUGAUUGGUUCCCUCACUACUACUCUACAGAAACUUCAAUCACUGUGGAAGUUCCUCCAGAUCACAAGAUUUCUUCUUGUCUUGUUGUCUGCAUGUUGUUUUCUCAAUUCCAAUCUCGCGACUUUAGCAACAAACAUUUGACAUUCAGGUGUGAAUGCUACUUAGAAAAGGGUUGCAACGAAUGGGAAUGGAUAGCAACUUCUGGCAAAACAGUACACUUGACCGAUCAUACGUUCUCUGUGAAUCAAUUUGAAAUGAUAUCAGAUCAUAUGAUAUUAUGGUAUGAUGGAGAGUAUUCGAACAAGAUAAUGGAAGCAAUCAAAGAGAGAAAGAGAGGCACCACUUGCAAUCCUAUCCUUAAAUUUGAGUUCUAUGCUCAUCAACCAGAGGAUAAUGAAGAAGUAGUGAUAAAGGGGUGUGGGAUCCGUUGGAUGCAUGUCAAUGAUGAAGAAGAGAUUAAUCCAGAUGUCAUUGAUGAAGGAGAGAUUAUUCCUGAUGUCAUUAUUGAUGAGGGCCAUGAAUAUGAUCACUUGGAGUUGGAGGACCUUCAGAGAACUGGAAAAAGAGUGGAUGUACAUUGUUGUGCAUUGGAUAUUGUCAAUUGGUUCAAAAGAUUGUUGUGGUGGAGAACAGAGACUAAAGAAGAGAUAUAAUGAAGAUUACUCCAAGUCUCCAAAAAUAGUGUAAUAUUUUCCUAUUAAAUUGAGGUACAGUGACUCGUUCUUUUGGAGAUUAUGUGUUGUGGAAUAUUAUUUUUAUUAGUCUGUAUUUUCUUCCUUGUUUCUUUUUAACCGAGUUGAUAUCGUUUUGUAACUUCUAAAAAAACAAAAAAUUAAAGAGAGGAAAUGAGAAAGAAAGUAUAGAAGUGGGAUGCAAAAUGCAAUUUCAGGUGUCUCCACUCA